UCACAGUACAUCAUUGUAAACAACCUUAUGCAAGAAGAGGAUCACAUCCAUACAUUGCUACUGAAAUGCCAGUCGAAUGUAGGUAGAUCAUGUAAUUUCAAACAAUCAUUAAUGAUACAAACAAGUAAAAAUGACUGAGAAUUGAGACACCUGUGGUCUUCAUACGGUCCGUCAUUCAUUACAUGACUUCAGCAGGGUGCAUUACUCACACUUGGUAUUCACACACACAUACACACGUUCUUCUUUACAGCCCUGUGGGUGAUGCUUGACCAGAGCGCCGAAGCAGCGGUUCCAGCAGGGCCGCUCCAGUGCAGCACUCACUCAGCCCUCUCCGCGCAACAACUGACGUGUUUUGCGCAUUUCCUGGACCAGCCUUCAGACACAUAAACACACACACAGUCGGGAGAAAAAGAGGCAGGUCUGCAGGAAACUGAAUACCGACGGACAAACAAGGAUCUUGGAAAAAGCAAGUGAGUACGGAACCCGUAAACACUGGUUCUCCUGUCUGGGGCGAACCGAAAGACGCAUUUGCGGAGAUAACUUUCCUCCCAAUGCGCGGAGGAGACACAUCCAGCGCUCCAUUCAGACGAGGGAACGGGCUGCUCACCCUGAGGAGACCCAGCUUAUAUUUCUGGCGAAUUCUGAGGUGAGGAAUGCCUGUUGAAACACUGUAGCUGUCCUUUUUCAAUUCAACUGGCAUUGCCGACUGCCUACAGCGCCGUUUGGACAGCUUCAAGAUCACAUGCAGGUUGUCCGUAGGUCAUAGCAAUAGAUUCCCUUUCUGUCAGGAGGACCUUCUACACUUUGCAUGCAGAUCCACGAGGACGAAGAAGAGCAUUUACCGUUAUUUCAUAAACAAUCACAAACCGGUCCACCGUGGCAUACACUGGUUGAAUAAUUAACCAGGCUCUGAAGCGGAAUAUUGUUACUAAACCUUUCAAUAGUGGCCAUGGUGUUUUUUAACGGUCUGCUGAAGAUCAAGAUCUGCGAGGCUUUGGACCUGAAGCCCACAGCAUGGUCUCUGAGACACGCCGUCGGCCCCAAGACGCAAACCUUCCUGCUGGACACGUACAUCGCCCUCAACGUAGAUGAUUUUCGCGUGGGGCAGACCUCGACCAAGCAGAAGACCAACAGUCCCGUCUGGCACGAUGAGUUUGUGACCGAGGUGCACGACGGCCGCAGGAUCGAGCUGUCCGUGUUUCACGACGCGCCGAUUGGCUACGACGACUUUGUAGCCAACUGCACCAUUCAAUUCGAGGAACUGCUGCAAAACGACAGCAAACACUUCGAGGACUGGAUAGACUUGGAGCCAGAGGGAAAGGUUUAUGUCAUUAUCGACUUGUCCGGAUCAUCCAGUGAAGCAGGAAGCUGUGAGAAUGAGGAGCGCGUGUUUCGUGAACGCAUGCGUCCCAGGAAGAGGCAGGGGGCCGUCCGGAGGAGGGUGCAUCAAGUCAACGGACACAAGUUCAUGGCCACCUACCUGAGACAGCCCACCUACUGCUCGCACUGCCGCGACUUCAUCUGGGGUGUAUUGGGAAAGCAAGGAUAUCAGUGCCAAGUGUGCACCUGUGUAGUUCACAAACGCUGCCAUGAGCUGAUCAUCACCAAAUGUGCUGGUCUGAAGAAACAGGAGGACACCACAGAGGAGGUCGGAUCUCAGCGCUUCAGCGUCAAUAUUCCUCAUAAAUUCAGUAUUCACAACUACAAAGUCCUGACGUUCUGCGACCACUGCGGCUCCUUACUGUGGGGCCUGCUGCGACAAGGGCUUCAGUGCAAAGUUUGUAAGAUGAAUGUGCACAAGCGUUGUGAGAGUAAUGUUGCUCCUAACUGUGGGGUGGACGCCAGGGGCAUUGCUAAGGUGCUGUCUGACCUCGGAGUCACUCCAGAUAAACUCUCUGGCAGCGUCCAGAGGAGAAAAAAGAUCUCUCAGGGUCCAGAUCCGCAGCCCUUACCCAUAUCCCCACAGUCAGAAGAGGAUCGAUCCAAAUCUGCUCCCACAUCACCAUGUGACCAGGAUAUAAAGGACCUGGAGAACAUCAGAAAGGCUCUUUCGUUUGGCAAUCGCAGUGAGGAGCUGAAGCCAGCCUCGUCUUCCUCUCUGACCGGGGAGACGGGGGAGGCCAGAGAGAACGGAGAGGUGAAGACGCCCCAGACCAAAAGGAUGAAGCUGGAAGACUUCUCCUUCAUCAAAGUGCUCGGGAAAGGCAGCUUUGGCAAGGUGAUGCUGGCAGAGUUAAGAGGUACUGAUGAGGUUUAUGCGGUCAAAGUGUUGAAGAAAGACGUCAUCCUUCAGGACGAUGAUGUGGACUGCACUAUGACUGAGAAACGCAUUCUAGCACUGGCUAGAAAACACCCUUACCUGACCCAACUCUACUGCUGCUUUCAGACCAAGGACCGCUUGUUCUUCGUCAUGGAAUACGUGAAUGGCGGAGACCUGAUGUUCCAGAUUCAGCGUUCACGCAAAUUCGAUGAAGCUCGUUCCCGGUUUUACGCUGCUGAGGUGACCUCAGCCCUCAUGUUCCUGCACCAAAAUGGGGUCAUUUACAGGGAUUUAAAGCUAGACAACAUCCUGCUGGACGCAGAGGGUCACUGUAAGCUGGCAGACUUUGGCAUGUGUAAGGAGGGAAUCCUGGAAUGCAUCACAACCACAACAUUCUGUGGCACACCAGAUUACAUUGCCCCAGAGAUCCUGCAGGAGCUGGAGUACGGCGCGUCGGUGGACUGGUGGGCUCUAGGUGUGCUGAUGUACGAGAUGAUGGCUGGUCAGCCUCCUUUCGAAGCGGAUAAUGAGGACGACCUUUUUGAGUCUAUUCUCCAUGAUGACGUCUUAUAUCCCGUGUGGCUCAGCAAAGAGGCCGUCAGCAUUCUUAAAGCGUUCAUGACGAAGAGCCCUAAUAAGCGGCUGGGUUGCGUUGUAUCCCAAGGACUAGAUGAAGCUAUUAAAGUGCAUCCAUUCUUCAAAGAGAUUGAUUGGGUUCUUCUGGAACAGAGGAAGAUCAAGCCGCCUUUCAAACCACGUAUUAAAACCAAAAGGGACGUCAACAAUUUUGACCAGGACUUCACCCGCGAGGAGCCGGUGCUCACCCCGGUGGAAGACGCCAUUAUCAAGCAGAUUAACCAGGAUGAGUUCAAGGGCUUCUCUUACUUCAGUGAAGAGACCCUGUCCUUAUACUAAAACCUCCAUCUCCUGGGCUAUACUUGGUGCAGUCAUGCACUGCAAAUGCUGUGAACGCCCAUGAGAUGAUCGUAGACCAUCAUUUACCAAGAAUUUGAUGCUUUAAUUUAAAAGUAGAAAGUUAGGCAUUAUAAUCUUUCCUGCUGAACCCCAAAAAAACAUAUGUGCAUGCACAGAUACUCACAGAUUUGCACCAUCUUUAUUUAAUGUAUGUAAAACACAUAAGGGAGCUUGUGUGACAUCACUAAAGCGGCUGGAUAGAGCUCUUUAGAAGGCCAUUUCAUGUUUCAUUUCUUCUCCCAUCAUGCAGUGUAUCAGUGGUACAUCUGGAGUCAACGCAUUUACACUAGCACCGUUUUGAAAUGCAAAAACCAAAUGUAAAGAACAAGUGAUUGUAUUGCAGAUGUGAUGCAUAGAUGCAUAGAUGUGAUGCGUGUGAAUUGGGAGUUUUAAACACUCUGCAUUGGGAUCUGAUCACAUGAUGGUCUGAUAGGCAGAGACAGUGACUGGACGGUACUGGGAAGGACUCAGAACUG